CUUACGGGUGGCGCACUACGGGUGCCGAGAAGGGGAGACAUGUGGGCGCGGGCAAUACGGCUGGGCCUUCGGGCUCCCCUGGGUGGGUCCCGGGCCUUCACCGCCAAGGCGGAUCCUCAGGGAAGUGGCCGGGUGACGGCCGAGGUGAUCGAGCACCUGGAGCGUCUAGCGCUCGUGGACUUCGGCAGUCGGGAGGCCGUAGCGCGGCUGGAGAAAGCCAUCGCCUUCGCCGACCGGCUGCGCGAGGUGGACACGGACGGGGUGGAGCCCAUGGAGUCGGUCCUGGAGGACAGAUGUCUAUACCUGAGAUCCGACAAUGUAGUAGAAGGCAACUGUGCUGAAGAGCUACUACAAAACUCCCAUCGCGUCGUGGAGGAGUAUUUUGUGGCCCCCCCAGGUAAUAUCCCUUUGCCAAAGCUGGAUGAACAAGAGUCCUUCCCACACAACUGAUUAGCUAUUUUGGGAAGGGAGCACCCUGCAAACAUGUGGAAGCACAAUGAUGGAAUUUUAUUGUAAACACUAAUGUCCCCAUUUCCUUCGGUCACCUGGAAAAAAUGGAUGCCUUUCUUAAUCAACUCUUCUGAAGAUAGAAUUGGAAAAGACCUAGCAAAAAUGAAGCAAUGAGUUCCUGGUGCUAACGGAAGUAAAAGAGCAAAAGCUUCCAAGGAAAUGGAUUGAGUAUUUCACUUAGAGGCCUGUUCAGCAUGAAAAACAUUAUUCUCCCUUAUCUCCCUCUAAAAAGACUGUCUACCAAACUGCAUGAGUAGCUUUUCUGUUUAAGUAACUGGAAGGCAGAGCACUUGACCACUGUGUGACAAUCUCAACUGUCAUUUUCACUGCUGUUUCUGGGACUCAAGCAGCUGUAUCUCUAUUAAACAUAACUUGAAUUUG